AUGUCCACACGGACAGUCUUCACCCGCGACGAAGUUGCACGGCAUAACUACUCAUUGAGUUUCUGGAUUAUCAUCGACCAGGAUGUUUAUGAUCUGAGUAGCUUUCGAGCCGAGCAUCCUCGGGGAGAGAAAAUUCUGCGCAAAGUAGCAGGCAAAGAUGCAACAAAAGAGUUCCGGGAUUCUCACUCCGAGAGCAUCCUAAAACGAUACCAGGAAUGA